UUCGCUGGCAACAUUGGGGUAAUGUCCGAUUUCGGCAUUUCACUUACGUGUUUUGUUUAUUUUACUUUAAAAAAUUAUCUGGAUUAGUGAUAUUAUUUAUACAAUGAAAAUCCUCUAUGUACUAUUUAUUUCACUGACUAUAGUAAAUUGUGAUGAACAUACACAUACCUACAAGGAUGGCGAGCAAGUGGUGCUAUGGAUGAACACUGUAGGUCCAUACCACAAUCGCCAGGAGACGUAUGCAUAUUUUUCGCUACCGUUUUGCGUCGGCACCAAAAUAACAAUCGGUCACUACCAUGAAACUCUGUCGGAAGCACUCCAGGGUGUGGAGCUUGAAUUCAGUGGACUCGACAUUACCUACAAGGAUAAAGUUCCUGCACAACAGUUUUGCGCUAUAGAACUUACUGAGCAGUCAUAUAAAGCCCUCGUCUAUGCAGUGAAGAACCACUACUGGUACCAAAUGUACAUUGAUGACCUGCCUAUUUGGGGAAUCGUUGGCGAAGUCGAUGGUGACAGCUACUAUAUCUGGACGCACAAAAAGUUCGAUAUUGGCUACAAUGGGAAUAGAAUAGUUGAAGUUAACCUAACUGCAGAGAAUAAGGAGCAGCUUACUCCGGAUGCAAAAAUUCCGUUCACAUAUGAAGUCAAUUGGAAACAGAGCAAUAUUAAGUUUGAAGACAGGUUUGAUAAAUACUUGGAUCCCAACUUUUUCCAACACAGGAUCCACUGGUUCAGCAUCUUCAAUAGCUUUAUGAUGGUGAUAUUCUUGGUGGGUCUGGUCUCUAUGAUUCUUAUGAGGACCCUUCGUAAAGAUUAUGCUAGAUAUUCUAAGGAUGAUGACCUAGAUGAUUUAGAGAAAGAUUUGGGAGAUGAAUAUGGUUGGAAACAAGUACAUGGUGAUGUAUUCCGUCCUGUACCUCACUUGGCGUUAUUCUCUGCUUUAGUAGGGGCUGGCUAUCAGCUUACCACUGUUACCUUGGCUGUUAUUAUAUUCACAAUAUUUGGUGAACUUUACACUGAGAGGGGCUCAUUAUUGUCUACUGCUAUUUUCAUUUAUGCUGCAACUUCUCCAGUAAAUGGAUACUUUGGGGGUUCUCUGUAUGCCAGGAUGGGUGGUAAGCUUUGGAUCAAGCAGAUGCUCCUUUCUGCAUUCCUUCUCCCUGUACUGGUUUGUGGUACUGCAUUCUUUAUUAAUUUUAUUGCUAUGUAUUACCAUGCCUCAAGAGCUAUUCCAUUUGGCAGUAUGGUGGCUGUGAUGUCCAUUUGCACUUUUGUUAUUCUGCCACUGACUUUAGUAGGCACAGUUCUUGGCCGCAACUUGGCUGGACAACCUGACUAUCCUUGCCGUAUCAAUGCUGUCCCACGGCCCAUCCCAGAAAAGAAAUGGUUCAUGGAGCCAUUCAUAAUUAUCAUUAUGGGUGGGAUUUUACCUUUUGGUUCAAUAUUUAUUGAAAUGUAUUUUAUAUUUACAUCUUUCUGGGCUUACAAAAUUUACUAUGUGUAUGGAUUCAUGUUGCUUGUGUUUGUAAUCCUUAUGAUAGUAACAGUGUGUGUGACCAUUGUAUGCACAUACUUCUUGUUGAAUGCUGAGGAUUACCGUUGGCAGUGGACUAGCUUCCUCUCUGCCGGAAGUACAGCUCUCUAUGUAUACUUGUAUUCCUUCUAUUACUUCCUGUUCAAAACAAAAAUGUACGGUCUUUUUCAAACCACUUUCUACUUUGGCUACAUGGCUCUGUUCAGUUUAGCUCUUGGAAUAAUUUGUGGGACUGUAGGCUACAUUGGCACAAGUAUUUUUGUUAGAAAAAUUUAUUCUACUGUAAAGAUUGAUUGAACACAAAUCACUAGGUUGUCAAUUUUUAUUUGAUAUGGUACUGUUAUUCCAAUUGGAAGAAAGUGUCCUAAAUGUUUUAUUUGUUGAUUUGGUUUAUUUAUUAAGAGGUAGUUACUGUGAAUACCUAAUGACUAAUGAGUUAGUCAUGUCAUAUUGUGUUAAUGAGUUUUGGCUCAACAUUCCUAAAUACUUAACAAGCUAUAAAGAUGAUAAAAUUGUGUAAUAUCUCAAGUUAUAAAUUUAUUGAGGAACACUGAAAACCUAUUGAUUUGUAGUAAUUUGAUUAAGUUUAUUACAUUUAUCACAGUUUUGCUUUAAAAAUCGUAAGUUUAAAGAAUUCAUAGCAAUACAUUUUAGCUAAAAUAGAGUGGAGUCAUUCCAUCAUGGCUGAUGGGAUAUUUCUACUAUGCAUUGAUUGUACUAAAAACAUAUUUGUGUUUAAGAGUCACACACUGCCAUGAUUGGUUUUGCAGGAAAAUGAGUUGAUUUGACUGACUCUUUAUUAUAUUUAGAGAACUCAAUCUAAUUACAUUUAAGACUUAAAUACCUAUCCUAUGUAAAAUAAAGUAUCUAGUUUUAUUGUCUAAGUGAUGGCCUCCUGUGGGGCAAGGAAUGUGGAAUGUGUAACGCAUCGUCUCAGGCCAGCGGUGCUAAUAUUAAACUAUGUCUAAGUUACUUCAAUGUCCCUUUGAAAAUUGUAAAUAUUGUCUUAUUCUCUACUUAGUAUAUUAACUUCUCAACAUUAUUGUGCAAUGAUACUGAUAUAUACACCUAUCACGAGAUUAUGGUAUUUAAUAUUCAUAAUUAAAGUUUUUCUGUGCUGUAAUAUUUCUCAAAUAUAAUUUGUAUGUAUUAUUAUUGUAAAACUAAGAUUUUGUUGGUUUUUCAAAGUAGUCAAAGGUUUUUUUUUGUAAUUACUAUGCCAUAAUUGUACUGAUGUACUUGGUCAUGUAAAACAAUACAAUGUCAUUAUAAGAAGAA